AUGGCGGUUCAAAAGAUCAUUAGAAAGAAGUCUAAGGCCAAAGUCGAUCCUUUGGCCAGACAGAAAGUGGUAUGGACCAUUGGCCACUGCUUGACGCUUGGCUUGGGAGUCAUUUACGCACUAUUUUAUUUGUACCAGUGCUUGACAUCGUAUCGGUACCGUUCUUGGAAGACGUUAUUUUUGAUUGCAAAGCCGCCGCACAAUAAACCCACAACUUGGUCAAGGUGGUUAUGGCGUUUGAUGCCGCAAUUGACGUACCGGCUGUCACUCGUGGGGGUGUUGGCGUCGCACGCCGUGACAAGCUACCAAAACUGGAGCACUUUGAACCCCUCCUGGUACGACCUUCUAAGCAAAGAGAACUUCCAGAGCAUUUUGAUUGCUACGCUUUGGCUGUUCAGCAGAGCUUCGUUGUUCAAACUAGUUCCCUUUGUCCUGAUAAGUUUUCUCCAUUUGACGGUUAAGGAUCAUACGGAGAAUGCGCAAGAAGUUGAGGAGGAAAAAUCCAAAGAUGUAAAGCCUGCAGACACGACAGCUACCAUUUUGCACAUCAUCGCUUAUUCGGAGCUUAUUGUUGCUGUCGCAUUGAUUUUCGAUACGUUGACUCUCCGGGACGGUACUGCCGGGUUCGUGUUGGUAUUGUAUAUGUCUGUUUACUGGCUGAGAUUGAAUUUCUCACCCUAUGCGCAAGAAACGUUGCUAAGACUUGUUCUCAAGGCAGACAAGAACGUUCCGCCAAAGUACGAGCCACAAUGGAAAGAAGUUAAGCAGUUCUUGUACUUGAGAAUGGGCGAAAGUUGGAAACGUCAAAAUUCAGUUAAGACCAAUUAA